UCAUAAUUAAUGUUUCAUUUAAAAAUCCCAUUAACAGUUAAGUGAGUUGAGAAAAAAAAGUUUGAAAAUGCUUUAAGAGGACGAUAGAGUAGGAUGAUAAGAGAGUCAGCCUUCAGUACCAUAUAUUCAAAUGUAUCGAUGUCGUGGAAAUCAAGUUGUGUGAUUCGGAGGUUAUCACGGUAGAUGACAGCGAGGCCACCCCCUUUGCCAUGCAGUCUUGGCCUGGACAAAUGCUUACAUCCAUACGGCGUGAGCAUAUUUUAUUUUUUUAUUUAGUAUUUGCUGCUUAAAAAUGUAUUAAUUAUAAGAGGUUUAAUUGUACUUAUUCUAUGAUUAAUUUGACCAAAAGUCUGACUGUUUUUAGUUACAGUUUAAAAAUUAUGAAAAUUAUUUUAAUCAUAUCUGAAAUGUAUUUGAAUUAGUUGAAACAAGUUUCUCUGAUCCUUUUUUUUUUCAUGGUUUUUCCUCUUCCUGUAUUACUACAUUAACCAUGACAUCGUGGGUAAUUUCUCAGAUGAUCCAGAAAGCACUGUCUCCACCACAAUCAUCGCUUAAUCCAGAAUUAAUGCUGUAGCUAAUAUUUAUAACUAGCAUAAUUAAUACAGAAGGCAUUCUUUGUCUCAGACUUUCUUUCUCUUAGACUAAAAUGAUGUACAUAAAAAUUAUGACCCUAAAAAGGGUCAGUUUUAAUAAAAUCACUAAAAUGAAAAUAUCUGUUGAUCGUUACCAAAAUCUUGUAGAAGGAUUGAAUUGUGCUUUCAAAUCUCUGAUAUGAUCUGAUACUACUAUUGUUUAAUUUAUUGAGCAUUAUAAUCAUCCAUGUGUGAUCAUGUGCGUGCCAGUGAGACUCAAACAACACUGAACCGUAUUCCAAAAAAUUUACAUCUUCAGUAUAACAGUAAUGUCCGCACACCUGUGGAUUCAGAUAUUUGCAUGGUUAUUUCAUAAAGCAGCUUACUAAAAUCCACAAACACGGAUGUGAAACAUAUUUGGUUACUGAAAAAAACAAAACAAAAAAAAAAACAGUCAGAAUCAGUGAAUAUGUCUGUUUUAUGUUGCUCAUGAUUCUCUGUUAUAUUUCUCAGUAUUUCUCACGUGAUUCUAAUGGAGCCAAUAAAAUGUUAUUUUUUCAAUCAUGACUGACUGAUUCCAAAAUCAUUUAUUCACUUUAGUCAAACUUAUACAUAUGUAAAUGUCAGUCAUUAGGUCAUGAAAUAUCAAAGCAAAUGUUAUUUACAGUACAGAAAGGUGUUUGUUUUCUAUAUUUAUAUUGUUCUCUUUUAACAAACUUGACAUGACAUAACUUGAUAAACUGGUCUGAUUGUAACCAAAUGCUGAAAUUCUCAGUUGAAGCCCAAAUAAACAUGAUUUGCAUGUUUUCAGAUGAACUGUAUGUGAGUGUCCAGCGGCUCAUAAUCAAACAGCUUUGUCUGUGGACGCAUCAAACUCUCUCAACUCCUGGACUGUGGACUUUAUCUCAAAAAUGUAACAUGAAAAUUAUAUAAGAUUUAUUAGCUCUGUCUGAAGAAAAUAUUAAGCUUUUAUUAAUUAUCAGGUCACAGUCUCUGGGAAUUAUGUCUCUACAAAAGCAGAAUUUGCUGUGGCUGAUGAUAGUCUGCUAUGCUACGUGCCAGAUAACCUGCUCAAAUGUAAUGAUAGUUGGAGACAAUAUAACAGACGUAUGUUACUUGGAUUUGAAUAAACAAAUCUGUCCAGAUAUUAAACUGAUUUGUCCAUCAUGUGUGGCAGUGAAAAAUGAUGUUUGCACAUUGAAUGUCAAAACAAACACAUUUUCUCUAGGACACUGUGAAAAGGGUAACAAUAAAUUCAGUUUCAUCAUAAAAAACAAUGGGGGAAAUAAUUAUGAAGUAAGGAUGAACAAGACGAAUAAAAGCCACAUAGAGCUAUGGUUUAUGCCAGAUGAAACUAAUUGUCUGCUAGUCAAAAAAUCAAAAGGACAUUCAUCAGAAAAUAUUGUGACUUGCCAGCUACAGGUAAACAGCCUGAACACCGACAUCCACACCUGCAAUACACAUGGAAACUUAUACGCAGGUUGUCUAGCAAUCCCUCCUCUUGAUCCUAAGACGACAUGUAGAAAUGCUCUGUAUGGCAAUGAUGUAUGCAAUGACAAUGAAGGAAACAACUACAUUCUGAGAUUGAAUGGGAAUAACUGGAUGUGUGUGUUCUGCGAGAACAAACUAAUCUACAAUCUAACUGCAAAUCUAAAAGACAUGGUUGGAUAUACUGAUCCCUCAAUGGCAGCAGAAAUCUUGAACAAUCUGAAGUCUAAGAUAGAAGAGAUGGAAAAAAACAAUAAAAGCACAGCAGCGAUUGUCAUGGGGGAUGUUAUUGGUCUUCUUCAUGUUCAAGCCACAAACACAGAAGCCAAAGACAUAUGCUACUCUUCAGAUGAGGAUGUGAUAAACAUUGUUGAUUGUCAAAGUGACCUGAAGGCAGGUUUUCCCUGGUCUGUAAAGAUUCCCAGUGAGGCCUUUAAUAAAUCACGACGGGAAAACAAUGAAAGUGCAUUUCUUGGAAUUCUACCAUUUAAAAACAUGGGAAACAAGGAUGAAACUAAAAUUGUUUUGAACAAUGAGACUUAUGGAAUAACGAUGGGAGCCAAUAUCUCCAACCUUACCGACAAUAUUGACAUGUUCUUUACACAUAAUGAUAAGGUUGGUAAGGCGUCCUGUGUUUCUUGGGAUGGCAAAGGAGAAUUUAAUUGGACGACAUCCGGCUGUGAGACCGAAACAAUCAACAACACCAUAAAGUGCUCCUGCUCACAUCUGACAUUCUUUGCAGUGCUGAUGAUUCCUCAGUCUCAGUCAGAUCCAAACAUCACAGAGAAGGAUCUGGAAUCACUGACUUAUAUCACUUCUAUCGGCUGCGGCAUCUCCAUGUUUUUUAUGGCUGUCGCUUUAUUCAUGCACUUCCUGCUACGGAAAGCCAAAUCAAAUCAGGCCACGAAGAUCUUGAUGAACAUGUUUGUGGCUUUGUUUCUACUGAAUGCCUCGUUUUUGUCAAACGAGAGCGUCGCUAACACACAAGACAACGCUGCGUGCGUCUUCAUAGCGCUGCUCCUGCAUUACUCCAUGCUGGCCUCAUUCACCUGGUUCUUCAUUCAAGCUCUUCAUAUGUACUUAUGGCUCCUCAGACAGAACGUCACCAUCACAAACUACACGAGGAAGAUCACCGUGUUGGGCUGGGCAUUUCCAGCUCCAAUAGUCAUAACUAUUGCUUCUGUAGGAGAAUAUAAAACAGUGAUCAUAAAAACAACGUCUGAAAAAACUUCACGAAUGUGCUGGAUUACAAAUCCUUACAUUCACUACACAGUGAAUAUUGGCUACUACGCUUUAGUGUUCAUCUUCACGAUAGGAAUCUUCAUCACUAUCUUAACUAGGAUUGUUCAGGUCAGACGCUUAAGAGCGACUGACGGCAAGAGAAAGACGUUCAGAAAGCAGCUGAUGAUGGUGUUGAGUUUGUUCCUGCUCUUCGGUCUGACGUGGUCUGUGGCGUUCUUCAGUUAUGGACCGAUGCGCAUUCCCUCAUAUUACAUAUUCACUGUGUUGAACUCAUUACAGGGGUUUUUUCUCUUCCUGUAUUACUACCACAUUCAUAAUGACGUUGCUGGUCAUUUCUCUGAUGAUCCAAGAAGCUCUGGCUCCACCACAACCAUGGUUCCACCCAACACGAAUGGUCUGGAAAAUGUCUAUAAUUAGCCUAAUUAAGACAGAAAACAACACUGUCUCUUAGUUGCUGAUAAGUUAACAGCAGAUUUCCAGAAUAGUACAGUCAUGUGUACUACAAUAUGCAUGCUCAAUAAUCUUUUGUAUGGUGAUGGGACUGUAACUCAUAAUGGGAUCAUAAGCGGGAUCAUUAGCUUUUAAGACAUUUUAAACAAAGUUAAUUUAACAUGUACAUGAACUUUGUAACUGAAAGCUACUUUACAAGUCAUAUAUUUUCUUGUAUCUGUGAAUUUACGGUAACUGUAACUAUAGUUCUGAAAUAUAUAUUGUUUGACUUAUGAAUGUUAAACUGUGUAAUGAACAUGAUUUCAUUCAUUAUUAGAUGUUGAUUUAAGAGUAAAGAUGUCAAAUAAAAGGGUUUUGGUUC